CACAAUGGCGGAUGCCAAUACGGCAGUGGCUGUAGUGACUGUUUCAUUGGUUCUUUUGGGACUUUUAUCGGGGUUGAGUUUGUGGUGGGCUCUUCUCCCAGCCGCUGUAGUGGUGCUUAUUUUUAUACUAGCUUCUGGAUUAAAGGGACGAGAUGAAUUUGCGCAUUUGAACGUUUGCGUGUUGGUGCUGGGAGAUAUAGGGCGCAGUCCUCGCAUGCAGUAUCAAGCGCUCUCUCUUAGCCGACACGGAUACAAUGUCACUUUUAUUGGCUUUCUUGGUACUAAACCUCACCAAGACAUUCUGGAAGAUGAAAGAAUAGAUAUACUCUCCAUUUCAGAACUGAAGGGGCUCAGAGUUGGACCUAAAAUCUUCAGAUAUGUCUCAAAGGUGGUACUGCAGUCUAUUCAACUAUUCUAUGUGCUCAUGAAGAUUGAGGAUCAAGGCUAUAUUCUUAUGCAGAACCCCCCUGGACUGCCAGCUAUAGCAGUGGCAUGGCUGGUGAGUCGAUUAAGGGGAAACCAGUUUAUCAUAGACUGGCACAACUACGGAUACACUAUAAUGGCCCUCACUCAUGGAGAGAAUCAUCUUGUUGUUAAGAUGGCAAAAUGGUAUGAGAAGCUCUUUGGUUGUUUCUCGGAUCACAACCUGUGUGUUACUAAUGCGAUGAGGCAAGAUCUUAAGAAGAACUGGAAUAUUGAGGCAACCACUUUAUAUGACAAGCCACCCUCAAUAUUUAGAGAAACACCUAUAAAACUUCAACAUGAGCUGUUUGUCAGAAUGGCAAGUGUUUAUUCACCAUUUAGGCCAAGUUCUGAGGUCACUAAGGAGCACAUGGAAAUAACAGCUUUCACAGAGCGAAAUACUCUAUCAGGAGGUGUGACGCCAUCUGCUGGCCGACCUGCUUUACUUAUCAGCAGCACCAGCUGGACUGAGGAUGAAGAUUUCUCAAUUCUUUUACAAGCGCUUGAAGACUAUGAGAAGUUUGUUGAGACCGGGGACAAACUUCCAUCAUUGGUCUGUGUAAUUACAGGUACACUAUACAUACACCAUACACUAUACAGAGCUGCAUUUAGUGUAGUUUCAAGACGUUGGUGUUUCAAUACAGGUAAAGGUCCUCAGAAGGAGCAUUACAAAAAACUGAUUGACUCUAAGGUAUUUAAACAUGUCAAGAUUUGCACUCCAUGGCUGGAAGCAGAGGACUAUCCUGUUUUACUCGGCUCUGCUGAUCUUGGCGUCUGCUUGCACAAAUCCUCCAGCGGUUUGGAUCUUCCUAUGAAAGUGGUUGAUAUGUUCGGAUGUUGUUUGCCUGUCUGUGCCAUACAUUUUCAGUGUUUGCACGAGCUAGUGAAACAUGAAGAAAAUGGACUUAUUUUUAAAGACUCCAGUGAGCUGUCUGAACAGCUAAAGCUUCUGUUUUCAAACUUCCCCAGCGAACAGGGUAAACUUUUCCUCUUCAGGAAGAAUCUACGGGAAAGUGGGCAGCAGCGCUGGGAUGAGAACUGGGACCGUAACGUCCUGCCUCUCAUUAAAGAGCACUGUGACUGAUUUUCAGCAGAAUUUGUCGUUGCGCUCGUGAAACAGGCUCUUGAAUAUUUUUAAUCGAAAGUUACUGUCAGGUAUUUGCACAGGGUAAAUAAUUCUACACCGUCCUCAUAGUGGGACACUCAGCAUUCCAGUAACUCCAUUGGAAAAGACUUGAACGUGAGAAUAAAAGCACACUGUUUAUGUAAAUAUGUAAAUAAAAACUUUAAUACAAAAAGA